AUGGCUUAUAAGUUAUUUUUCGUAGCAAUGGUAUCAUUGUUAAGUUCGGGAGGAAGGAGCAUGCCCAUUGAUAAUAAAACGUGUGUCGACCCGGAUAUGUCCAAGAUCAAACUGGACGUGGACGAACUUCAUGAUAGUUUUUACCAGUUACCAUCCAUGAACGACCACAUCGUCAACACGACCUCCGCAUCUCCUUAUAUAGCUACACAUCGCAGUUACAUGCAUGGUCCAAAACAGUGUCCAACCAUAGAAGACAUUGUCAACCGAUAUGACGGACACAUUUGUCCAGUAUACUACAUCCUGAACCAUGACGAGAAUCGAAUUCCUAAAAGUUUCGUUGAAGCAGAAUGUAGUUGUGGUAAACCCCCAAUUCAAAUUGAAGGAGGGGUUCUGUUGUUAGAAUGUGCCCCAUUAUACAAAUACACCAAGGUUCAGCGACGUAUUGGCUGUGAUAAUGAUGGUUUUUAUAUCUACACACCAAUGUGGGAGAAAGUAAAAAUCGGAUGCUUUACUCAACUUCCUUUGGGUUUCAUCGGCGAUGGAGUGGGAACGCCGUAUUAA